AUGGCAUUGUUCGGACACCAGAAUGACGCUGGCGACGCGGGCCUGGCAGCCUGUGCCAAGGGCAGAAGCCCUGGUCUCGGCGACGUCGUGCUGCUGAUUGGUCAUAUCAGGGGCCGGGAGGCAGAUGCAUUCAUCAAACUCAAUCGUGAGCACCUCUGGAAUCGGCCUGUCCGCAAUGAAUCGCAAGGUACCGACUACGAUUUUGACGAUGAGCGGCCGGAACCAUGGCGUGGAAAGAUGCUUAAAGGUAUUUCGCUCGAUGGUCCAAUAUUGUGUCAUUCCUAUCUUAAGCCACCAAAACGAUCGGUGGGCUGGGGCCACGGCGCAGAGACAAAUACCUCAAUGGAAAAGGGUGACAGGCCGCGCGACUUCAUGUAUCCCCACAAUGCUGUCAGUGGCAUCAGCAGCUCAAUGUUUCUCACCGACCUCUGGCCUGGCCCCGAUAGGAUGCCUACCCCAAGAGUCACCUCAUACACGCGCGAAGUCCCCAUGCGCUUCGAGAAGGGGUCUAGCACAUUCAGGCGAUGGAACGGCCAGAGUGUGACUCUGGACAAGCCGACCAAGAUAUAUCUCAUAGAUAAUGAUCCCGACUGUCUGAACUUUUGGGCGUGGACACCUACCCUUGACCAGGCGGACCAGAAGGUUUUCAUGGAACACGCGAAUGACUUUUAUGCUCGCAGAAAUCGCUUCGACGAGGAAGACUUUCCGAGCAUUAAAUCCGCUGGUGGGUCUACCAGGGCCCCGUCGCGUGCGGGCUUUGAGACACGGAUAGGUCUGAGUGGCACGGAAUAUCAGCUGGACGGCCCAAAGAUAACGCAAGGAGGUUUCAGAGAUGUGUAUCCUGUCAAAAUAAUCGGUCAACUUCGAUGCGCCCUCAUAAUGGCAGAGCAGACCGCCAUUCAGAAACGAGUGGCCGAGAUGCUAGAAAAAGAGCCCGAAGAGCUCCGAGCCAACCCCCCGGAACUGGAGCUGGUUACAAAGAUGAUCAGACUAGGGGGAGACGACAGUCAGUCAGAGCGGGAACAUAGCGAAAUGCUGGAAGAUGAAGCCAAGUUUGUACAGAAUCACCAGCACAUCCACAUCAACCAAAUUCUCGAUAUAGCCUACAAGCACGGAAGUGAAACGUGGUUGAUCGAAGUACGCCAGAAAUACUGUCUCAACGACGAGGUGUUACCCCUUCCAAUCAACAAGCUGGACACGGCCAGGCAACUCAUUUGCGGCUUAAAGCACUGUCACGACCACGCCUUUAUGAAUCGUGACGUCAAACCUGCGAACGUGCUGCUGCAGCUCCUAGAGUUCGGCACCAAGGACUGUGACCUGUACCGAUGGGUCAUCAAAUUCACUGAUUGGGGCACGGUGGCGUCUACUGACCACCAGGUGAGGGGCAGGGUCGGGUCGCCAUGGUAUUGCGCGCCUGAGGUUCUGGAUGGCAAGAUCUACAACGCGAAGGCCGACGUCUUUUCUCUCGGCGUCUUGCUUUUGUGUAUGUUUGCGAACUACAACCCCAACCGCAAGCGAUCCGGCUGGCACCCGUGCUCAUCCUCCGAAGUAGAAUUGUGGAUGAGAGAAGAAGUUGACCAAGUCAUCGAGGAAAAUUGCCCUCCGAUAUUCUGGGUUCUUCUCAGGGGAAUGCUACUAAGAGACCCCAAGGCGCGGUGGUCGUUGGAUAAGUGCUGGGCUUUCGUGCUAGAAGUGGACGAAAGCCAAAGCAGCAGUGAAUGCCCCUCGAUCGCUCUGAGUUUACCUUGGACAACACACCCAUUCCUGGAGCAGCGACACAACGACGGUGGCGGGAACAAGAUCGAAAUGUUCCAGCGCGACGGCAUGGUGAAGGCCGAGGAUGGGCUGUCCGAUGAUGUGUCCGAUGAUGAGAAGACCGUCACCCCGGCGGCUCUAGGCACACUGACCGACCACUCUGGAGCAAACGUGGAUGAAUCACAAGUUACAAAUCAGAAGGAUGACGCACCCUCCACACCCAAUUUCUCUUGCGCGGUGCAGCUUCCCGUCACACCUUCUCUAGGGGCCAUGGAGGAAGACGGACUGCCUUCCGCGUUCUGCACGCCAGACUUUCACCACAAGAUGCCGACUCUGGACGUCAGGCAAGCGGCAGACCAGGUGGAGUUCUACGAUUUCAGCGCCUGCUGGGACUGGGGUCCGAGGCUUUGCUAUCGUAGACUUCCGGAGCGUCGGGCAGCUACUAAAGCAUUCACCAAGCCGUCUCCGAGAAGAGGGCCGGCGCCACCGCUCGGAAUUACCCACUGGAACUCGGGUUUCGAUAUGAUCCCCAAGACUAGCCGUCAAACCAAGGCUCAACAGUACUCGCCAUCGCAGCAGUUGUCCAAGAACCUGGUAAGCGCGAUUCAGAGCGCAGGGGCUCAUGCGGCACAGAUAGAGCCGCCCAACAACGAUGAGGAUACUGAGGCAGAGACCGAGGUCGACGACGAAAACAGACCGGCUCAACCGGCUGCCGACGCUGACGCUGACGGCGGGAACGAAUCUGAAGCAGAGACCGAGAUCGAGUUUGAAGGCGGAGAACCUGAAGCACCAUUCUCCAGCCCUGGAGAAGUCCAGGCAACUUCGCGGACCGACAUUGAUUGUGAGAACGAGCGGCGUGAAGCGCCGGACGACUUGAAACCCAUAGAUCUUAUCCCGCUAGCUCAAACGCCCCCGCCCGUUCAAGAUAGGAAACGAAGACCCUUGGGCACGACACAGCCCAACAACAACAAGAAACGCAAAUACAAUGUUUACAAGCCUGUGGACAUGGGGAGGGGACGAAUGGGGGCUCUUUACCGCUAG